GUAACUAUUGCUACAAACUGUCACGUGAAAAGAUGUUAAAUUUAAAUACAGAAAAUUAAUUAGUCAUAAUGUCUGAGAUACAUCAUUAUAGAUAGAUGCAUAAUUAUAAAUAUUUUAAGUUAAUAUUUAUCAGAAUACAAAUAUGAAUUCUCCUAGCACAAGUACACAAGAUACUGUGCAAAAUUCAAAAGUGGAAAAGGAUAACAUUCUGUCUGUUUAUCAUACACUAAGAUUUUCAAAAGAAGAUAAAAAUUGUUUCGAGAUUGCAGACAUCGAACGCAGGUCUCUUGCCACGAAGUAUAUGACAACAAGAUUAUUUGAUUCAGAGGAUAUGACAGCAGUACUCCUUCGAAAGGGUCUUGAAGAUUAUCAUUCUCUAUUGAGGGACGAACACGGAGUAAACAGUUACUGGAAACAGGUUAAAUCUCAACUGCCUGAUAGUGUAAAAAAUGAUCCAUUGAAAUGGAAAUCGAAAUUAGAUGAUGCAGACACUACAUUGAGUUUUGUAAAAUCUCUGAGUUGUCAAAAAAUCAAUACUCUACCUUGUAAAGGAAGAUCUUACAGUGAUGUAAACAUAGAAAAAAUAAUAAAUAGAGCAAAAAGGAAAGAUGUGCAGAAGAGAAAUAGAAAAAUCUCCUCACAGCUAGAACAUUUUAAAACUGCGAGUUCUAAUCAAAUUUCAAAUAAAGAAGUUUUAUUAAAGCCAAAUAAUGAUAGUGAACAAAAUGUAUCUACUUAUUUUUCAAGUAUUCCCAAAAACAAUGUUAGUAAACAAGUAAGUUACAACCAACGAAACACACCAACAAUGCAAUCAAGUAAGCAAUCUUCUUACCCAAAUUUGAACAAAUUUGUACAGAAACUGCCUCCUAAAUCAAUGAUAAAAAAUGAUAAAAUAUAUAAUAAUAAUGAUAAAAAUGAUAAAAAUGAUACAACUAAAAGUCUCUAUAGAACAAUAAAUCCACAUGCACCAAAAUUACGACCAGCUGAGCCUGUACAGUCUAACAAUGAAGAUACAGAAACAAGGAAUACAUUCGACAGCUUCAAGAGUGCCAGAGACGAAUUAUACAUCCAAGAAAUGAAGAAGAACAAAUCAGCGCCGAAGAAAACUUUGGGUGGCCGAGCAGCGGCCAACACUCCAUUCGUCUGUCCACUAAAACAAAAUAAAGAAAAAUCCGCACAAAAUUACAAUGCUGCACCACAAAAUGAAACUGACGUGGAAGAGGACGAAAGACUGAGAAAUAUUGAUCCGAACAUGAUCGAGCUAAUUAGAAACGAGAUCAUGGACACAGGUAAAACGAUAAUGUGGGACGACAUCGCGGGGCUUGAAUACAUCAAGAAGAUUGUCAAAGAGGUGGUGGUAUUCCCCAUGUUGCGGCCGGACAUUUUUACAGGUCUUCGUCGGCCGCCCAAAGGGAUUCUACUUUUCGGUCCACCAGGAACAGGAAAGACUCUCAUCGGCAAGUGCAUAGCUUCGCAGAGCAAAUCUACAUUCUUCUCCAUUUCAGCGAGCUCGUUGACUUCCAAAUGGAUCGGCGAUGGCGAGAAGAUGGUCCGUGCGCUGUUUGCGGUGGCCAGAGUCCACCAGCCCUCCGUCGUCUUCAUCGACGAGAUAGACUCGCUGCUGACGCAGCGUUCGGAGACGGAGCACGAAGCAUCCAGGAGGCUGAAAACAGAAUUCCUGGUGCAGCUAGAUGGAGCGGCGACAUCUGAUGACGAUCGCAUCCUGAUCGUUGGCGCGACGAAUCGGCCUCAAGAAUUGGACGAAGCGGCGAGAAGACGUCUUGUCAAGAGAUUAUACGUUCCUCUACCUGAGUUGGAGGCCCGCAAGCAAAUAAUAAACAAUUUGUUGACCACCGUGCAACACAAUCUCAAUCAGGAAGAUGUUGCGAGGAUUGCGGAGAAGUCGGAGGGAUACUCUGGUGCCGACAUGACGAAUUUAUGUAAGGAAGCGAGCAUGGAACCUAUUCGAAGCAUUCCUUUCAGUCAACUGGAAGAUAUAAAGAUGGAAGAAGUGAGGCAUAUAACGAGCUACGAUUUCGAGGAAGCGCUGAUCAACGUGCGGCCCAGCGUAUCUCAGUCGGAUCUGAAUAUUUACAUCAUGUGGGAUCGUACUUAUGGAUCUGGCACCGCGCAAACAAAGCGUGAUAGUUAAUUACGGAGCUAUUCAUAAUUACUCGAUGUUUGACAAAAUCGAUACACUCAAAUGGCGGAAAAAGAUUGUAACAUACGAUCCAUAGAUAGAAAGAGAAAUUCUCCAAGUUUUUUACAAUUUAGAUGCAUCUUAAUAUAUUGUUUCUUUGUAAAAAAAGAAACGUUAACUUAAUAAUCCAUUUUCAUUUCUCGCGAUAUAUUACAAUCGACUUUUGAGAUCAUAACAAUAAAUUGUUUUUAUCAUCCAAAUACAGUGUGACGAUAGAAAAACUGAGUUUUUAUCAUAAGGAUCUGCUUGAAAGCAGAGAGACAAAUCAUCGCUACAAUCUCAGAAAUCGAUUAUAAUAUGUGAAGCAUAUAAAUGAAAAUGAACAAAGGGUGAACACACAAAAUACUUAUAAAUAAUGUAUAUAUAAUAUGUAGAUUGUUA